CCAAGAACAGCAUUGUCCAGGGCUUGGAGAAUGUGGAAGCUGUGGAAGGAGGGGAAGCCCUGUUUGAAUGCUACCUAUCCAAACCUGAGUGCUACAAUUACAACUGGUUGAUUGACGAUGAACCUGCCCAAACUACGGAAAACACAGAGAUGAACCUAACGCCACGGGACAGCUGCAGGGUGACGUUUAUGUGCAGCGACGCGGUCACCUCAGCCUUCCUGACAGUGAAAGGAUGGCGCCUGCAGAUCUUGCAGCCUCUCACCGACGUGGAAGUGUCUUUGGGGGAGAAAGCCACAUUUAGCUGUGUUCUAAGCGAAGCCGUGCCGAUGAAUGAAGUUGCCUGGUACAGCAAUGACAUAGAGAUCCAGCCGGAUGAGGACUGGGAGCUACAGGCAGAUGGAAACAAAUACAAACUCAUUCUGAAAAAAGCCCAGCCGCAUCAUUCUGGAGAGGUGACCUUUGCUUCCAGGGAAGCAAUUGCAUCAGCCAAGCUGUCUGUUUUAGCCCACCCGGAUCCACCUGAAGAACCAGAAGUUUUAAGUAAGAGCAGUCACUCUGUAACUCUGUCUUGGUACAAGCCGUUGAGCGACGGCGGCUGUGACAUCCUAGGCUACAACGUGGAGAGGAAAAUUCCAGGUGUUGGCUGGCAGUCAUGCAGCAAGGGCAUUAUCCAAAACAUGGAGUUCACGGUGGAUGAUCUCACCCCGGGUGAGCCCUACAGGUUCCGGGUUUCAGCAGUGAACAAAGUUGGGGCCAGCGAGCCGGUGCACUUCCCUCAGAUGGUGCGGCUAGAGCCUUCAGUGACAGUCACUCAUCCUUUGGUGGGAGGAUCAGUCUCAGAAGGGGAGGUGGCUCGCUUGGAGUGCAGAUUAUCAAGUGAAACCGAAGAGAGAGUGACAUGGUUCAAAGGAAAAGAACAAAUACAAGCUGGAGGGAGAUAUGAAAUCCUCUCUGAUGGAAAAAAGCAGAUACUCAUCAUCCAUUCCUUUAAACCUGAAGAUCAAGGCACAUACACCUGCAUGGUUUCUCCAGAAGUCAAAUCUGUUGCCAGCUUGUGUCUUGAAGUUAACACAGCAACAAUGCUGAAAGAGAUGGCCAGGGAAACACCCCCUGCAAGCCAACCAGAAGAGCUGGUGGAUGGCCAUGUCCAGCCCAGCUUGCCCCCUGAGGCUGCGCAGGAGGGCGAUCUUCACCUCCUAUGGGAAGCUCUAGCCAAGAAACGCCGGAUGAGCCGAGAGCCCACCCUGGAUUCCAUCAGCGAGGUGCCUGAAGAGGACGAGAAGCUUCAGAAGUUGAGGAAGGAGGAGGCAGAGAUGUCUCACUAUUACUCAGAGGAGUACUCCACGUGCGAUGAGCUGGCUAGGACAGGGGAAGCAGAUUUCUCUUUCACAAGCUCUGAUGAUGAGUCUAGAGCUGGGACUCCUUCACUGGUGAACUACCUCAAGAAAGCUGGGAAGAAAAGCGUCAGUGUUACUAGCAAGGUUCAGUCCACCUCCACAGGCAAAUUAUGGAAACAGUGGGAGACAUCCAGCGUGGAGACUGUUGUGGCUGCUCCAGGUGCCAAGCCAGAUGAACCAGAAAUGCCCGAUUUAGAUGAUCCUUCCAUGAACAAGGCUGCUGUGAAGAUCCAGGCUGCUUUCAAAGGCUACAAAGUCAGGAAAGAGAUCAAGCAACAAGAGUGUCCGGUGUUUGCUGAGACCUUCAAAGACUUCUCUGGGGAGCCUGGGAGCACUCUGCAUCUGGAGUGCGUGGCCCACAGCAAGACUGACAUGAAGGUCCGUUGGUUGAAAGAUGGGCAAGAGCUUUCAGAUGGUCGCUAUUAUCACAUAGACAACUACAGCGAUGGGACCUGCUCUUUGAUUAUCACUGGUCUGGAUAGGAAAGAUGCUGGCAAAUACACCUGUGAGGCAUCCAAUAAAUUUGGGAAGGUUUCACACAGUGCUAAGGUGGUUAUUGGCGCUGAAGAACCUCAAGUCCUUCAUAAGGAGAAGCAGGUUAAACCAAGCACUGACAGUGAGACAGAGAGCUCAUCUGGCAGUGAUCUGGAUGACGCUUUCCGUAAAGCAGGAAGGAGACUUCAUAGACUCUUCAGGGCCAAGAUCUCGACAGAGAUAUCUGAUGUGGAGGAAGAGCUCUUUGUCAGUGCAGAUGAAGGGGACGUAGAGGUGGUCGACCAUCAGACGUAUCGUGAGGAUGACCAGUACAUCUACAUCAAGUUUGAAAUCUUGGCCGAGGCAAAAAGUGCCGCCACUCGAUUCCGAGAGAUGUUUGGUGCUCUGGGAAUUCCUGUGGAGAUUGACAUUUUGGAGCAAGGCCCUAAAAAAAUUGAAUUGCGUAUUGGGAAAGCCACACCACCCACCCUUGGGAAGUUUGCGCCACCAGUGGUGAGACCUCCACCGCCUUUGCUGACUUCUGAUACAGCUCCCAUGUUUCUGACCGAGCUCCAAAACCAAGAGGUGCAAGAUGGGUAUCCAGUCAGCUUUGACUGCAUGGUCGUUGGCAAACCGCUCCCCACGGUUCGCUGGUUCAAGGAUGGGAAAGCUAUUGAAGAAAACGAUCAUUACAUGAUCAACGAGGACCAGGAAGGGUGCCACCAGCUGAUCAUCACGGCCGUGGUCCCCACUGACAUGGGAGUUUACCGCUGCCUCGCUGAAAACAACAUGGGAGUCGCUUCGACCAAGGCUGAGCUUCGCGUGGACUUGACCAGCACCGACUAUGAGACAGCAGCGGAUGCCACAGAGACAUCCUCUUACUACAGUGCCAAAGGUUAUAUCUCAAGCCGAGAACAGGAGGAAUCUAUGACAGAGGAGGAGCAAUUGCCCCAGAUCUUCGACGAGCUUCAUGAUAUUCAUGUGGCACCUGGAGCAUCGCUGGCGAAGUUUCACCUGAAGGUGAAAGGGUACCCGCAGCCUCGCCUUUACUGGUUCAAAGAUGGGCAGCCGUUAAAGCCCUCGGAUCGCAUCCUGAAGACCGAUAAACGGGAAUUCCACUCGCUGGAGAUUCGUGAUGUCACCAAGGCAGAUGCUGGCCAGUACUCAAUAUUUGUCAUCAACUCUGCUGGCUCUGCGUAUUCAUCGGCCAGGCUGGUAGUCAAAGAUCCUGAUGAGAAAGAAGAGCCAUCAGAAAGAGAUUCUCAGGAGCAGCUGAUACCACCAAGGUUCCUAGAAAGAUUUACUAAUAAAAAGGUGAAGAAAGGCGCAAGCAUCACAUUAUCUGUAAAAGUUGAAGGACAUCCACCACCAGCGAUUACUUGGCUGAAAGAAGAGUCUCGGGAAGAUAUCCUGUGGAUCAAACCAGACACUCCUGGCUAUAAACUUGCCAGUUCAAAUAUGCAUCACAGUCUAAUCCUGCUGGAUGUUAAAAAGAAGUACAGCGGAGCUUACACGUGCAUUGCUACCAACAAGGCUGGCCAGUCCAUCUGCACCGCCACCGUGGAAGUUGCAGAUGUGAAAGAGGCUGAAGUUCUGACCCAGGAACGAGUGAUGGUGUCCGAAGCCAUCAUGACCACACUGGGAGCUAUUCAUCCCUCUGAAACAAGGGAAGGAGACCUUGAAGCUCGUAGAGAAGGUGUACCCAAAAGCCCUAUUUCAUUAGCUGAUGUUGGCUCAGAAGAGUUCUUCCAGAAACUCACUUCCCGUAUCUCAGAAAUGGUAUCUGCAAAAAUAAGUCAGGCUACGCUUCGAGUGCCUGGUGCAGAAAGUGAUGACGAAUCAAAAACUCCCUCUGCAUCUCCUCGCCAUGGGCGAUCCAGACCUUCAUCCAUUGCUCAGGAGUCCUCCUCUGAAUCCGAAGAUGGGGAUUCCAGAGGAGAGAUCUUUGACGUCUACAUGGUCACAGCUGACUACGUGCCCGCCUCACCAGACAGGGAGACCAUCACUUUGAAGGAAGGCCAAUACGUGGAAGUCCUUGAUUCAGCUCAUCCUCUGAGAUGGUUGGUCAGGACUAAACCCACAAAAUCCAGCCCCUCUCGACAGGGUUGGUUGUCACCAGAGUGGGGAACAACAGAAGUUCCUGACUUCCCUGGAGAGUUUGUUUCUGAAGAUGAAUAUAAAAGGAAGCUGAGUGUUCUCAUUCAAGAGCUGUUGCUUUCAGAAGAGGAUUACAUUCAAGAUCUUCAGUUCCUCCAGACUCAUCACCUUAAGUACACUGAGACCUGUCCCAAUGUCCCAGGAGCCAUCGCCAGUCAGAAAUCCACCAUCUUCAGAAAUAUCGAUGACAUUGCUCGCUUCCAUUCCAGCAUCUUCCUGCGAGGCUUGCAGAAAUGUGACACUGAUGAUGACGUGGCCAUGUGCUUUAUCAAGCAUGAAGCAGAAUUUAAUAAGUACAUCCAGUACCUGGUGGGGAGGGUACAGGCUGAGUCAAUUGUUGUCAGUAAAGCUGUCCAGGACUUCUACAAGAGAUACACAGAUGAAAUUUUAACUCCUGAAGAUCCUUCGCGGCCACUUAUCCCACCACUGCAGCACUACCUGGAAAAACCCAUAAACAGGAUCCAGCAGUACCAGACAAUAAUCAAGGAAUUAAUCCGAAACAAAGCAAGAAAUAGCCAAAACUGCACUUUGCUGGAGCAGGCUUAUGCCAUUGUGUCUGCGCUUACCAGAAGAGCAGAAAACGACCUCCAUGUCUCACUCAUUGAGAAUUAUCCGGGCACCUUGGAAAGCCUCGGUGAACCCAUCCGACAGAUUUAUCACUAA